AUGGCAGCAUCAAGGCUUGUAUCUUUUGCUAAAAAGAUUAUCAAGCCCAAUUCUCCUACCCCUCUUUCACUUGGGCGUUACAAUCUUUCUUUAUCUGAUCAAGUCAUGCUUCCAGGGUACAUGCCAAUUGCAGCCUUCUAUCCUUUCCCCUCUAAAAAACCACUACAAAUAUCCAAUAUUCUUGAAAAAUCACUAUCCAAAGUUUUGUCCUCUUAUUAUCCAUUUGCUGGAAGACUCAGAGAUAACACUUUCGUCGAUUGCAACGAUAUGGGAGCCAAAUUUAUGACCGUUAAAUAUGAUUGUCCAAUGUCUGAAGUCGUCAAUCUUCCCGACACUGGCCCUGAAUAUCUACCUUUCCCUAAAGGUAUACCUUGGGGUCGAACUCCAGACGAGGAAAGUUUACUUCUUGUUCAAUUAAGCCAUUUUAAUUGUGGCGGAUUAGCUGUAAGUGCUAACCUAUCACACAAAAUUGCUGAUGGAUGCACACUCUGCAAUUUUAUCAGUGAUUGGGCUUCCAUAGCUCGUGAUCACAACGUGAAUAUCCCAUCCCCUCAAAUGAUCGGAUCGUCCAUUUUUUCGCCAACCACUAAUAUUAUUCACACGGAUGCUAUGGUUGAUGACAUUGACAAUAUACCUCUUAGUACAAAAAGGUACAUAUUUUCCAAUUCGAAAUUGGAGAUGCUGAAAACUCAAGUGACAUCAGAAACAGGGGUGCAAAAUCCAACACGACUUGAAGUACUGUCCGCACUAAUUUACAAGUGCGCUACAACUGCAGCUCGAGCUAACUCGAGAUCCUUUAAACCAUCCGUGUUGACACUAGCUGUGAAUUUACGUCCAAUAUUGGAUCCACCAUUACCAACACGGGCAAUGGGGAAUAUUUUUAGUAUUAUACAAGUGGCAACGAUGAGUGAAGAUGAAAUGACAAUCGCCAGAGUGGUUCGCGAGCUAAGGAAAGCUAAAGAUAAACUCAAGAAGGAAGACCAUGUGAAGGAGAACAAGCUAGUGUCGAUUUGGUCUAAGUGGGCAUCGAUGGCUAAUAAAUUUGAAUUUUAUAGAAGUAGCAGUGUUUGCAAUUACCCAUUGAAUAACUUGGAUUUUGGAUGGGGAAAGCCUAACAGGGUGACAAUUCCAGUAAUUGGGAUUAGAAACAGCUUCAUUUUUAUGGAUAAUCAAAGUGGAGAUGGGAUAGAGGCAAUUGUUUCAUUACCAGAAAAACAUGUGACUCAAUUUGAGAAUAGCAAAGAGCUCCUCCAGUUUGCUUCUCCAAUUCCUAAUCUUAAUUAAA